GCUGCGGGUCGGGAGUGAGGGGCACCAGUAGCUGCCGGGAUCUGGCCCCAUGGCCCCCACAACUGGCCCAGGGCAGCACAGGAGGGUUUGUUAUUGUAGGGUCUCCCUGGAGCCCCGUCCCGAGGGGGGUCCCAGAGCCGGUCCCUGCUCCCCCGGUGGGGACCCCCCAGGCCGCGGGCCGUCCCCUCCCGUCUAUGGGGCAGGGUGUGUCUGCCUGGCAGGGGGAGGAGGCCGGGCUGGGCUGUCCCGGGACACGCUCCAAGCUCCCCCCACAACUUCCCCUUCCCGGCCCAGCGCCGCGGGACCCACCCAGCCGCGCACCCCCAGGCCGUGGGGCCGGGCGGGGAGACCCCUGGGCAGAGGCCGGCACCAUGCAGACCCUGGCUGGCCCCUUCGCAGGGGGCAGCUCGCUGGACGCCUCGGACCUGCAGGUGGACGGGGACGAAGUGGAGGGGCUGCGGGAGGGCGAGGAGCCAGGGGGUCCGCUCUACCCCUUCCUGGUGGUCUAUGACCUGAAGCCACUCAAGUCGCAGGGGCCGGUGUUUGCCAAGGGGGUGCCAGUCACUGCCCGGGUGGAGGGCACCGAGCGCUACACCACCGGCUCCAAGAUCCGGCCAAGCACACUGUACUCCCUGCGGCUGACCCACGGGGAUUUCACCUGGACCAUGAAGAAGAAGUUCAAGCACUUCCAGGAGCUGCACCGCGACCUGAUGAGACACAAAAUCUUCAUGAGCUUCCUGCCCCUCUCCAGGUUUGCUCUCCAUGGGUCCCGUGCAGAGGCCACCUCUCUGGAGAUGCCCGCCCUGCCCCAUGGGGGUGAUGGCACUUCCAGACGCCCCUCCAGCAAACAGAAGUACCUCGAGAGCUACCUGAAUUCCCUGCUGGAAAUGUCCUUCUACCGCAAUUACCACGCCAUGGCGGAGUUCCUGGAUGUCAGCCAGCUCUCCUUCAUCCCCGACCUGGGACCCAAAGGCCUGUGAGUCCAGUUCGCUUUCUCUGCCCAGGGACCUGGCACC